UGGAGUCACCCAGACUCAGAACUGAAUAUAGCGGCACACAUACAUCGCCCUGGACAGUUUUUAACUCUCCAUUCCUUUAUCUCAUGACUUGUACAUUUGUGUAAAUAUAUCACAUCUAUUUUUUAUAUCAGGACAACAGCAAGAUGGAACUUAAUUCUCUUUUGAUUUUGCUGGAGGCUGCAGAGUACUUGGAAAGAAAAGACAGAGGGACAGAACACGGUUAUGCGUCCGUUUUGCCAUACGGUAACGACUUUUCCAGAAAGAAAACGAAAGCUUCGCCAAUCUCCAGGAAAACUCAGAACAAUAGAUCGUCACACAACGAGCUGGAGAAACACAGACGUGCCAAACUACGGCUGUACCUGGAGCAGCUGAAGAAGCUGGUGCCUUUAGGUCCAGACAGCACGAGACACACCACACUGAGCCUGCUGAAGAGGGCCAAGAUGCACAUCAAGAAGCUGGAGGAGCAGGACAGGAAGAAUUUAAAUGUGAAGGAGCAGCUGCAGAGAGAGCACCGCUACCUCAAACGUCGUCUGGAGCAGCUCUCCGUGUCCGGAUCAGUUGAACGCAUCCGCACCGACAGCAUGGGCUCCACUAUCUCCACUGACUCUGAGCAAGAGGUGGACAUCGAGGGCAUGGAGUUCACUCCCGGCGAGGCGGACAGCGUAGACAGCAUCAGCGAUGGUGAGGAGGAGGACCACUACAGCCUCCAGAGCAGCUCCAGCGACACCAGCUACACAGCCACACAUUCCCACAGACUGCAGCCGCACCACUGUUAAGACGCCAUGCGGCCAUCCAUCUACCAACCAGCGUCCUCCCCCUCCCUCCCUCGACCAUUCGCAAAACGCCAAGACCGCCUACUACUUACAUGAGACCAGUCCACAGCGGCAGUACACCCCCAACCUCUUACUCUUUUCCCUGUCUCGUUUUUCAGGAAGCAUAUAGGGCUGAAAUGCCACUCGAGCCUUCCUGAUGUCCCCCCGACCACUGACCCUACCUCACCCUACUGUAUCCUGCCUGAACCCGGCCCUCCUCACACGCCCUGCCCUCCCACUGCCCUCACAACCCAGACUAAGUAUUGCUGCAGGCUCAGAGAGAGAGCAGAGCAGAAUUUUUGGUUUUUAAAGACGUGGUGUGGUCGACAGCUUUGACUUGUUUAUCAGGAUUUGGUUUAAUGUGCGUGAGAGAGAGAGUGCUAGUUUGCUUUCUAACAUUCAGUGUUUCCCCUUUAUAGAUUUACACGAUGUGAUAGGGAUGUAACCAUACCAUGCAAUAUGCUUAAGGCUCAGUACAAAUGUUAAUAAAAAAUAUGAACAAUUGUAAUUGAUCUGACAAAAAAAUAUAGCAAUACUUUUUUUAACCAGCAGAGGGUUCAAUCUUCCUUCAGCAUGUCUUGUUAAUGUUUACUAUUUAUAUAUAGGUAUUAAACCUCAGCAUUAAAAAGUAUUACUUAAAAUUAAUUUAUAAGGAAAAUAAGCAAGACGGUCUGGUUGCCGACUGUUUUUUUCUGAUGGCCCUUAAAAUAAAACUGGAUAAAACUUCCAUUUAGGGUUAGAGUAAGGGUUAAGGUAAAGGUUAGGAUAGCAAAGUUAAAAGUCAAAAACCUGAUCAGCAAAAUCUAAUAACUAAAAUUUCAUAAAGCCAAAUAAACAGUCUGCUCACAUGAAAAAAGCUUGUACUCCAUAAAAACAUUCCAACGCAGCCAGUGUAGCCUACGUAGCUCCAUUAGCUUAUGCUACAUAGAUAAUGGAGCUACAUGGCUAAUAGUGCUCAAGCUAAGCUCACAAAGCAGCAAUGUAUAUGCAGCUAAAUUAGCUUUUACUAUGCUUGCUAAAGCUCACAUUUCUAAAAGUACCGAAGCUUUAGAUAACAUGGCUACGUAGCUAACAUAGAUACAGCUCAUGUUGCUAAAGCUAAUUUAGCUAUGUAGUAAUCUUUAUUACAUGAUUUGGUGCUAAAACGUCCAAUAAUAGUCUUGAAUUUAAAUGAUAAUUUACCAGCUUUACAACUUCCUUUUUUCUCAAUAUUUAGCUGUAAAUGGCUGCAGCUAGCUUAGCUUGUUUAUAGGACUAAAAUAAAGGGGGAAAUGGCUAUCUUGGCUUAAAUAACAACCAGAUUGGCACUUAUAGACAUGUAAUGUCAUGUUUGCUGAGCUAAAAAGACAAAUAAACAAACAAACAAACUAGUUGGUUUAAGGGAUGUUUGCAUUGACUCCACUGCUUCUGGUCAGGGAAUAGUCAGAACAGUUAUACACACACCCACAUAUAUAUAUAUAUAUAUAUAUAUAUAUAUAUAUAUAUAUCAUUAUGAGGCAGAUUUACUGUUAGAAAGGCUCUAGGCGAGCGGUUUCCCUCUGUUGUUAGUCUUUAUGCUAAGCUAAGCUAGCUUCUGUUUCCUCUAGCUUUAUAUUUAGCAAUCAGAUUCAAGACUGAUAGAAAUAUUUUAAUCUAAUUCCCCAAAACACGUUUGUUUGUUUUUGUCUUUAAAUCCCACGUUUUAUAUUUGUGUCACCAGUCUGUAUGGCUGAUUUUUUGCCAAGUCUGAGCUGAAAAAGUGACAGAGCUGUAGCAGAGUGUAUGUGGAGCAUGUAUAUAGAUGUACAGAUACUGUUCAAACCCUCAUGUCUCCCUCUGGUUGGGUCACCUAACCACUACUCCACACUACUGACCACUACACUAUACCCACUUAUGGUGUGGAUGGACUACUAUAACAAAAGAAAAUCAAAGGAGUUGCCUCAGAAUUAACACUCUGUUCCUCAAAGAUUGAUGAAAAUCUUGCGUUUUUCUCCUCAGUAGCGAAUUGAUGUAGCAAUAAAAAAAGAGAGGCGGGUGCUUCCUCUAAGGAUUCUGGUGGACCAUGAGGUGUCUCGGGAGACAUUUAGCCUGUAGAUGGCGACUGGGUGCUUAAAGAGAGUGGACCUGCUGAAAAAGGGGAAUGCUCCUUUUUUCUUUUCACUAACAGCUCCUCCUCUUUGCUCCAUUCACCCAAUAUUCACAUUUCUCUACAGCUCUCUUACUCUUUCAGCGUUCAUUAAUGUGUGUUUUUUUUAUCCUGAUUGACAAGUCAAAGCUGCAAAUGUGGGGAAAAUAUUAAAAAAACAAGCCAGCUCUAAUGAUUUGUUCAUUUUAGCUAAAUUAGCAAACUAAUACUUUCAGAUUAACUCUUUUAUUCUGACUUUUGCUUUCUCCUGCAACUCAAUUAGCUUUUUUCCUUUCAUCUAACUUAUGCACAAUAGUCACUAUUGACGGAGGAGGCGCUUCUGUCGCUCUCUGACCUUUAAAUAAUCUUUAGGACUUGGUUUGUGGCAGUCUUUAGAGCUUGGCGUCCCAACACUUAAAAACUAAGGCCAGUCCAAGACGGCCGGUCUGACCAAAAAAAUAAAAAACGAAGAAAAACUAUGAAAAACUUGCAUUCAGAAAAAAAAGCUAUGUGUCACUUAAAGUGAUAUUAGCCAGUGUAGUCUAUAUUUCUUGUAUUAAAUUUUGUAUUAUAUUUUCCUAAAUGUUCUCUUGUAAUGAAAAGACAAAAAAAGAGCGAUUAUCUAUCUAUAUAUAAACAUAUAAAUAUAUAAAUAUAAUUAUAAGAGACAGACAGACAGAUGUGAGGCCAGGCUUGUUGAAGGGAGAGUGGGGGCAGGGGAGCUUAUACACUGGCCCCUCUCCCAUGGGUGACUCUCCUGCUGUCAUUCUGUGCCUUGGUGAGCCUUCGACCUCCUUCCUCCUCCUUCUCCUCCUCCUCCUCCUCCCUACUCAGGUCACACUCCUCUCCUCUCCUCCUGGCAACCUCAUCCUCCCUCCUCGCGUCUUCUGGUAAGCCAAAACACUUUCAGAAGAGUGGAGAUCAUUUUUCAUGACAAAAGAAGAAGCCCAUUCAGUCUCUACUGAACAUCCCCCCUCAUCUUCGCCCUCUUGAUGCCUGCUCGUCUGCCAACGCCGCCUCUGUCACAGAUUAAAAAAAACACACUGGUAAACUCCCAUGGCAGCUUCCAGUCACCCUGAAUGGUCACCAACAGGGCUGAAAAUCUUCUGGGCUUGAAGCGUGUUUAUCUUUUUUUUUUUUUUUUUUGUCAUUUUACUUUUGUUUGUUGAAUUUGUGUUUGUUCAACGGGAGUCACAGGGACAGGAGCGAUAAAAAUAAUCCAAUCAAUGGCAGCUUAAGGUGUUAUCCUCCACGCUCCCCGUGGUCCGUCCCGGUUAAAAAUAGUGUUACCCAUCGAUCAGGGGACCUCUUAAGACACAGCAAUAUAACCAUUGUGUGCUUUCCGAGGGAGAGGGUGGGGGGCGGGCAGGGGUUUUAAUACAAGCAGGUGUUUUUUUUGCUUUCGACUCUGUGGUGCAUUAUUUUGGUGACCAACUCUAUAUUAUUUUGUUUUGAUGAAUUUUACCUCCUAUCUGCACUCUCUCCAAACACUGCAGGAGGGCAAAACAAAUUGAGAUUUUUUUAAUUCUUUUUGUCAAGUUUACAUUCAUGUCAAAAAAAAUU